CGCGCCCACCCGUCGUUUAAAUUUCAUCUUCUUUUUGUUUGCCGACAUUCAUUUACAUGAUUUAACAAUACUUCGUGAGUCGUGAAGAUGUUAAUGUUUAGAAAAAUGUCACCUUUUCCAGUUAUUGGGGUGCUUCUUGCCGUUGGCGUUGUGAAGUCUGCAGAGGCUACAUCUGAAAAGACAGCCAUCAUUGCACUGAGUAUUUUUAUUGUCAUUCCUGCCCUUUUUCUCCUGACCUGCUGCACAGCUCUGAUUUUUGUCUGUCACUACCGUCACAAGAUCCCAAUCUUCAAAUCCUUUUGGAGCAAUGCCAAGAAAGGUGCCGGUACCACAGGAAAGACCCCAACGUCCUCAGCUCCACCGCCCCCCUAUGCCCCAAGCAACCCCAUGCCACCUCCAGCUGGAAACCCUAGUGCUCCUCCUGGACAGAACUCUCCAGGGUCGCAUGAGAAUCCUAUUGAAGUGGAUGAAGUGGUGAUACCGAUCAAGAAAGAAUAAAUGAUAAAAAUUUGCCGAACAUAUUCAACGCAAUAUAGUUCCUCUUAUGAUGGCUCACAAAUGACUUUGAGCUGGAAAUCACUUUUAGAGCAUUUCAAAUGGAGGCGCAAUAGCUCAGUCAGUAGAGCGGAGGUUUUGGAUACUGGUGACCAGGGUUUGUAUCCCACUUGCUGCACUAGUGCCCUUUGUUAAGGCAUUUACCCUUGUUACCAGACCCCUCAGAGAGGACCUUAGGCUGUUGGUCCACUGGUUGCUUGCUUAAUGCUUACAAGCAUUCAUAUUUUAUUAGCGAUCAGGUAAAAAAAAAAAUCACCACUAAUUUAUAGUUUGCUACUUUUCUGAAAACAUCCUUGUUGUGUGCAAACCUUUUCACCCGGUGAAAUUAUUAUGCAGUUGAAAUAAUGAAAAAAAUCUAUGGGCAUUAAACAUAGAAAUCAUCAAUGUAGGGAAAGUCUUUCUUCACUGUAUCACAUCAGCUAUAUGGGUGAUGAAGAUUGUUUUCAAUAGUGGAUUUUUUUUCCUUUAUAUUUCAUAUCUAAUGACAAUCAAAGCUCAUGACUAGUAUUAGGAAGAAAAACCACCAAAGUUUCACAAAACUCUGGUCGCAUGAACUUCAUAUAAUUGGGAAAGUUUUAUGUAAAGUACAUCAUGCUUCUUAGUUAUCUAAUCUUCAAUUUCGGAUGGGGGGGAACAAACUUUUCCCUAAAAGGGUGACAAGUUAUUAGGCUUUUCAUUAAGUUUCCUUUUAGCACUUUUCUACCAAUACAGACAGUAUAAACUGCAUAUUUAUAAAAUUCCUUUCAUGGACAAUAAAGACUGAACAGUUUUAAAAUUUAGAUAAGUUACUUGAGUCCUUGAAGUUAUAUAAGAUUAGGUGUUUUUUUUUAACUUUAGAAUUGAUUUAUUAAAAAAAAAGCCACCAAGUUUUAGCAUGCAUUUGUACUAUCCAUGUAGAAUAGACUUAUAAAAGUUAUGCACUCAGUGUCAUGUUUUAAUACAAAUUCAACAUCAUUUCUUUACAUUUAACAUGUAAUUGAUUGUGAUGUAGUGGAAGUCUGUAAAAUCAGUUUUGAUCGAACAACACAUAUUGAUAAUAAUAAUAAUAAUAAUAAUACAUGAGAUUAGUAUAGCGCACUUUCCCUCUUGAUUGAAUGCUCAAGGCGCUUCAGAGCAGAACAACAAAAACUAUUAACAAAUAAUUCAUGCCUGAACAAUAAGUCAAUGUAUAUCAUCUAACUAACUUCACUUCUUGUGGAAAAUUCAUUUACUGAUAUAUAUGUGCACUCAUGACUGCUUACCUCUGGAACUAAUUCUGACCUCCAAUUUAAGAUAAGUUAUGAAAACUGCAUCUUAAGUUUUACUAAUAAUUUGGUUAUUUAAUAUUGUUUCAAAUUCAGUGUUUGUGUGAAGAAGGAGGUUCAAUUUAUGACCAGCCACCCCAACCAACAAUUAGUUAUCCAGGAAUGUUAUAGCCUCAUAAAUUAACCUUCUACAUCAACUCUUAAAAUUGUAAGAAAAUUUUUUUAUUUGAUCUCAUAUAAUUUAUGAAAAAUCAUCAUUCCGUGAUGAAAUGUUCAGGGCACAUUUUAAAGGCUAGAUACAUGUACUAUCUCUAUCACAAAAUGUUGUGGAUAUGAGUGAAAAAAAUGCCCUCAUGAAAUGGAAAGUGUUAAUUUGUCACCGGGCCAUCUUUGUAUCUAGGAAGAAUGGUCAAGAAUCUUGUCAUGAAACAGAUCCCAGAGAUUGUUUGACACUACAUGUACCUAAUAUUCCAGACCACUUGACAGUUUCACCAAGAUUUCAUUGUUCACACCUCAUACUUGAGUGAACUCCAAACUUCCACCUUGUUUUCUCGUUAUUCUUUAAAUUUCUCACUGAAUUCCUUCUAUUUAACAAGCACUUAUAUGUGUUACUGUUGAUCACGUUUGACUGGUUUGUUACAUCAUUGUAAAACUUAGGAUGUGCUUUUUACAAGUUUUAUGGAAAUCCCAUAAUUCAUUUUCUGCAACUUAUUGUUGGUUUUGGUUUAAACAAUACUGAUGCCAGCAUUGAGCCAGGAAUACAUGUAUAUUAGAGUGAAGAUACUUUAGGCUGAAGAAAGCUGAAUAUUUAAGUGUCAUAUGUAUUCUUACUUGCCUAUUUUAGUCUUUCAUUGCUUUUAUGAACUGUUUGUUAAAAAAAAAAAAAUCAGAGAAACUUUUACAUAAAGGUUAAAGUUUGAAAAAAUGAGAGGAGAGGUAUCAAUUUAUUUGCAAUUGAUGGCAAGUUACAACGGUUUCAACUUUCAUUACCAAAUUUUAGAAAGAACAAUUGUAGCCAUCGAAAAUAAAAUUUUUAUACCUUUGGUUGCAACAGACAUAUUGGUCGCAAAUUAUGCAAAUGAUUGUAAGACCUAAUUGAUUUUGAAGCCAAUGUUUUGACUUGCAAUGAAUUGUCAGUUUCCUGCUACACCAUAAUAUGCAACCUUUUCAGAGAAAAUGAAAAACCACAUUUUUUUGUUGAUGUUUUUUUUCAUAAAAUGUAUUUCAAAACUACAUGUAAGCACCAGGGACACCAUCACUUUUCACUCAAUACACAUAAUUUCUAUUUUAAACCCAGACAUACUGAAACUUUUCAUUAUGCAUUGAUCGGAGUAAAAUCGCUUGAACAGAAUGCCAAAACAAAACAAUAACCGAAAAAUGACAAUGGACCAUAUUCUGUGCCGCCCUACCCUUGUGUCAUGUAAGUUGGUAAUGCUUAAAUUAACAGCUGUUUAAAGCCUAAUUUCAUUAUCUUGGCAGCUGAUCACAGCUCCACGUUUAGUGUCCUUUGUCUUUUUUGGUUCUAUUUUGUAUUUCAUUUUGUUCUAACAUUCUGUUCAUUCAUGCAAUUGACCCUGAUAAGUGCAUGUUGAAAAGGUUGGUAUGUCCAUUUAUAAUGCUAUUUUCUGAUUUAAUUAAUUUCUACUUUUCAACACAGUUCUGGCCAUAAUUUUUGUGUACCAAAGUGCCUUUCUAGAUUAGAAAAUCAUACUUUCUGAUACAUUUCAAAGACCCUGACCCAAAAGUAAAUUGAAAACUUAUGAGCUUCACAAAAUAGCAAAGCAAGGUUUAUUAAUUUUCAUUGCUUGCCAGCUGAGUAGUUUGCUUGAGGAUAAUUAUAAGGCUUUGAAAGUAGGCUCUGUUGUGCUUUUCACUUGUAUCACCUCUGACAUUCUGUGUCAGAAGCAAUGUAAAUCCAAAGUUUUGUAUGAAGAAAAACUGUGUUUUUGUGCUUUCCAGAUAUCUAUUAUUUUUACUCUACUACUAUUUGAGAACAGCAUAGGAAAUACAUGACAGUAAUGGGUCAUUUCUCCCUGAUGACAAUAGCCCUUAAAAUUUGUAAAAUGGAAUGCUUUAGGGCAACCAUCUUUUUUAAAGUUGCCCCAAGAUCUCCCACAAAUAUUCAACCUUCAGAAAAUCAGUAUUCUACUGUUUCUACAUACAAUAGAAUAAUGAGAUAAAUGCUUUUACAGCAUAAUUGCUUGAGAAAAAAAAAAGCUAGCCCUUGAAAUGAAUUCAGCAAUCUCCCCAAUGUGGCAAUUCAAGAUAACCCCUAAAAUAUUUGUUUACCUACCUCAUAUCAUAGAUGGCUUUUCCUGCAUGCUCAAAUUUAAAAACCUGCAACUCUGGACUAGAUAUUGUCAGGUUUUAUUUCCUGCUUAUUUGGUGUAGCUUGUAUUCAGAUAGUAUAUAACAGUUUUUCGUGAUAAUCUGGGCCGGAUAGAGCCAAACAACGUAAUCACCAAAUUAUGAACAUAAACUGCAAGUCUUUGUUAUCCAUCUAAGCAAAGACAUUGUUAGUGCCAUAUUCCUGUGAACUGUAAAAAAAAAAAAAAAAAAAAAAAAAUGAUGUUCAUAACUAUGUAAUCACAACCCACCUGACUAACUACAUGUAUGCGAUCAAAUAAAGCCUUUUAUAAUAAACUAAUAUGAGUUUAUAUAAGCAAAAUAUUCAGUAGGCAAGCUGUUUAUUGUGCUUAUAUAGUUUGUUUCACUUUUAGAUUGGUUUUGGCGCUUUAAAUAAAGUGAAGUCCCUGGUGCAUGUACAGUAUACCCUUACUUGGUAUGUCCAUGUGUAUUGUCAUAAUUACACAUUAUGUAAAGACAGGAGAUUUAUUGACUUUGUGGUUAGUAAUUUGAGAAAGUAGGCACUAUCCAUCUCCACAAAGCUACAGAAUAAAAUGCUGUAACAACAAAGAAAGUUUAUUUACCAUAAAACAACUAUUCAUGUAAAUUGGGCAAUAUAUAAGGCAAGUGAGGGAUAUGCAGAUUUGGUAGCUGUGUCUAUAAAAGUUUAAAAUCAUGAAUCCAAAGUACUACAGAAUUCCUAACCACAAGCUCAAAGUAUUCAUGUAUUCUGGGGCAAACAAAAUCACCUCAUUUGGGAUUUUCUGCUUUGAUUUUUUUUAAUUAUAGGCAAAUUGGUUACGAUCUAAUCCUUCCAUAUCUGAUAUCAGAUUUGGCAAGAUUAGGAAUCAAAUGCCACUAUUGCAAAUGUUGAAUAAUUUUUGAGAAGGGGAAUUAAUUUUAAAGCCUGAAAAUAUGAAUUUAAUAGUGACAGGGUUACAUGUGGUGUAGGGAUUCAGUUGGGACUAUUCAUGUUUACAUUAUGUGAAAUGUUUUUUUAAUAAUUAUCUGUACAUAUAUUCUGAAUUUAAUAAAUGUAUUUAAAGUUAUAA